GACUUUCUUGUUUGGUUUCACUUCAAUUCUCUUUCAAUCAAAAUCGGCCGUGAAUUUCUCGUGACUGUAGGGUUUGAAAGUUAAUCGUAGCCGUACGAUAGGUGAAGGAUUCCUCGUUUUCUUCACUCGCUCAAAUAGAGCGUUAUGCGCAUGUUCCUGCUAUAUAUGCCCCAGUGCCACUGGCGUUUCCAACUUCGCUGUCGACUUCUUUGGAACAAUUCGUAUUCAGUGAAAUUGGCCUUGAAUUUCUCGGGAUUGUACCUGUUGAAAGUCCAUAGCAGCCGUCCGAUCAACCCCCAACUUCUCUCUCGCUGUCCCUCUCUCUAAAACCUCUCUUUCUGUGGGAUUUUCUCUAGAAUCUGAAUUCCCGGCCAACUUUUAGGUCGGGUUUUCUUGGAUUCGUAUUGAAUAUGAUGAGCUUGUGAGUCCUGGGAUAUAUCUUUUAAUUUGGGACUCGAGGGGUUAGCAAUUUUAGCAGUUUGCAUCCCCCUUCCCAUCGUUAACCAUCCGUUGUCCCUCUCCUUCCGAUCACUGCCUCGCGCCGGAACAGCACUGUCCGUUCAGCUCCUUGCAGGUUAAGAUGGUUUUGCUGAUAUAUUGUAGUGAGGCCUUGGCAUAGGGGCUUGUUUGGUGGUGGAGAUCCUUCCUCCCUUGUUCUCUUCUGUAAAUGGGCUGUUUCCAGUCUACAGGAAGAAGACAGGUUCCUGGACAUGAGGACCCAGUAGUUCUCGCUUCCCAAACAGCUUUCAGUGUUAGUGAAGUUGAAGCACUUUUUGAGCUUUUCAAGAGCAUCAGCAGCUCUGUGAUUGAUGAUGGGUUGAUAAACAAGGAAGAAUUUCAGUUGGCACUUUUCAAGAAUAGAAAGAAAGAGAAUCUCUUUGCGAAUCGGAUCUUUGAUCUGUUUGAUGUUAAGCGGAAGGGAGUCAUAGAUUUUGGUGACUUUGUCAGAGCACUUAAUGUCUUUCAUCCUAAUGCCCCACAAGAAGACAAGAUUGAUUUUUCAUUUAAGCUCUAUGAUUUGGAUGGUACGGGCUAUAUUGAGCGCCAAGAGGUCAAGCAAAUGUUAAUUGCUCUUCUUUGCGAGUCUGAAAUGAAGUUGGCCGAUGAGACCAUUGAAAUAAUACUGGAUAAGACGUUCUCGGAAGCUGAUGUGGACCAAGAUGGGAAGAUAGACAAGUCUGAGUGGCAUAGCUUCGUUAUGAAGAAUCCAUCGUUAUUAAAGAUCAUGACCCUCCCCUAUCUGAGGGAUAUAACAACGACAUUUCCAAGUUUUGUGUUUAAUUCUGAGGUUGAUGAGAUUGCUACGUGAAAGAAAGAAAGAAAGAAAGGAAUAGCUUAGGAAUAUUAUGAAUUUAGUGUGUGGUAGGUAUAGAUAUUCCCAUGUAAUUCUUUGAACAACAAACAUCGUGAGAGAGGCAAAAAGAAAGAAAAGAGUUAAUUA